AUGGAGGCAUUGUCAAAUCUUAGUGGCAUGCCCUUACCUAAGAAAAGGACUCCGGAUGAAAAGAAGAAGUUUGUAGAAGAUGCAGUGGACUGGGUUAGAAGAAACAAUCCUGAUGUUGAUAAGCAUCUUGACUAUCCAACCGUGGAGAGGGUGGCGAAUCUGGCUGGAAUUCCGCUGUCACCUUCGGUAAUGCCAAGGGAUGCGAGGAAGAAAACUGCCGAGGAUGCUGUUGACUGGCUCAGAAGCAACAAGCCUAACCCAGAUGAGAUUGAUGAACCAACAAUGGAAGCAUUAUCAAAAUUGACUGGAUUGCCUAUGCCGAAGAAGAUGACCCCGGUUGAAAAGAAAACGUUUGUUGAUGAUGUCGUUGACUGGAUCAGAAACAACAACCCUGACCUAGACAACCUAGACAACCCCACAACUGAGGCACUCCAAAACCUUCAUGGACCUGGCAGCCCUCGAGGUCCGCAACGAAAUCCUACCAAAAAGGCAGUGGAAGAUGCUAUUGAUUGGUUGAGAAAGAAUGAACCUCCGCUGGAGAAUGUGGAUGAGCCCACCGUUGAAGCAUUCUCCAACUUGACUGGUUUGCCACUGCCCAAGAAGAAAACUCCAAAGGAGAAGAAGGAGUUCAUGGAGGAUUCUAUUGAUUGGCUAAGAAGGAACAAUCCAGAUUUAUCGAAAAUUGAUAAUCCAACCGCGAAGGGGGUGACAAAACUAGCUGGAGUGCCCAUGCCAAUGUCAAGGAAGACGAAGAAGCAAAUUGUUGACGAUACGGUAGAGUGGCUAAGGAAGAAUGAACCAGAGCCAAGGAAUCUGGAUGAGCCAACAAUGGAGGCAUUUUCAAAUGUGACAGGCCUGCCAAUACCAAAGAAGAAGACCCCAUCAGAAAGGAAGAAGUUCGUUGAUGACUGUGUUGAGUGGAUGCGAAAGAAUGAACCCAAGGUUGAUGAUUUGACUCAUGACGAUGUUGGAAAAAUGGCCAAGCUGGCAAACAUUCCCUUGCCUCCUGGAUCAAUUCCAAGGGAUGCCAAGGGUGAGGCGCUUGAUGAUGCCAUCGACUGGUUGAGGAAGAAUAACCCGAGGCCAGAGUCAAUAGACAACCCAACGAUUGACGCACUCGCAAAUUUGACAGGUGUUCCGUUGCCCAAAAGGAAAACACCCAAGGAUAAGAAAAAAUUCGUUGAGGAUUCUGUUGACUGGCUUCGAAGGAAUAAUCCCAAUACCGACAGGUUGGAUGAGCCCCAGAUUGAGAAGAUCGUGAAUCUCACGGACAAGCCUUUUGCUGGUGGACCUUCAGAUGAAACCAAGCAAGUCCUGGAAGAUGCCAUCGACUGGCUCAGAACGAAUGGACCAUCACCAGAGAAACUUGAUGAACCAACCUGUGAAGCAUUCUCAGACUUGACUGGCUUGCCAUUACCCAAGAAUAUGACUCCCCGGGAUAGAAAGAAGCACGUCGAUGAAUGUGUGGAUUGGCUGAGGAACAACAAUCCAGACGUUGAAAACCUUGAUGAACCCACCAUUGAGAAAGUUGUUGAUGCGGCAAGCAUGACCAUGCCAGUUUCAAAGGAAGCAAAGCAGAAAGCUGUUCAAGAUGCGGUGGACUGGUUGAGAAAGAAUAACCCUCCUCUUGAUGAUAUUGAUGAACCCACUCUGGAAGCUCUUUCGAACCUAACAGGUUUGCCUCUACCCAAGAAGAGAAGCCCUGGAGAUAAGAAGAAACAUGUGGAAGACAACAUUGAUUGGUUGCGCAGGAAUAACCCUGACAUUAGUGACGUGGACAACCCUACAGUUGAGAAAGUUACUGAAUUAGCGGGUGUGCCUUUGCCCGCCGGAAUGCAACGAACUCCAGCCAAAAGUACUCUCGAUGACACAGUGGAUUGGCUGCGCAAGAACAAGCCAAACCCAGAAGACCUAGAUGAACCGACACUGCAAGCACUGGCAAAUCUGACUGGAGUGCCUUUACCACCUGGUAAAUUGGGACCAGAGGAGAAGAAAAAAGUUAAUGAUGAGGUUGUUGACUGGCUGAGGAAAAACCAACCAAAUCCAGAGGAUCUGGAUCAACCCACACUGGAUGCCCUCACUGAACUCUCCGGGAAGCCUCCUCCAAGAAAGCAAAUCCCACCAGAAGAGAAGAGAGAAAUUAUUGAAGAUGCGAUUGAUUGGUUAAGGCAAAACAACCCAUAUCCUGAAGAUGUCGACCAGCCAACAUUGGAAGCUCUCGCAAACUUGGCUGGGGUCCCUGUUCCUGAAGGACGAAUCCCACCAACAGAGAAGACGAAGGCUGUCGAAGAUGCGGUGGACUGGCUCAGGAACAACAACCCAAAUCUGCAGGAUGUGGAUGAACCUGCUCUCGAGGAGCUGAGGAAUCUUGCUGGAAUUGAGUCCCCAGAGAAGCCGACUCCAAAUGAGAAGAAACAAAUUGUUGAUGAUGUCGUAGACUGGCUGAGAAACAACCCACCACCGGAAGAUGUCGAAGAGCCAGCGCUGCAAGCACUGAGCAAUCUCACUGGUUUGCCACUCCCCCGUGGCGAGAUUCCACCAGAAGAAAAACAAAAGACACUGGAUGAGACCAUAGACUGGCUUCGAAAGAACAAGCCUGAUGUGGAGGGUGCAGACGAACCAACUGUUGAGGCACUUGCCAAUCUUGCAGGUGUACCAUUAGCACGGUCUCCACCAGAUGCUGACAAGAAGAAAAAAGCAGCAGAGGAAGCUCUUGACUGGCUCCGAAACAAGGGCCCUGGUGGUGAAGGUGAAGAUGUCUCAGACAUUCCAAGGAGCAACAUUCCAGGUGUGCCACUUCCAGAAGGAGCACAACCAAUUGACACGAAUGAUGCUGCAAAUAUGAUGAAUUGGCUUCGAAACAAGGGAACAGGCAUUGACGAAGAUGAUAUCCCUGAUGUGUCCAAAGAAAACCUGCCAGGUCCUCCAUUGCCUGGCGGGCCACACGAUGAGGCAGGUCGCCCAGAGUAUCCAGGAUGGGAUUGGAACCGCAAUGUUCCAAAGGAAAACCUUGAGGUCCCUGAAGGACCCCCAUUUGGGGGGGUUGACCUGCCAGGACAGCCUGGAUCGUCACCGAGGGAUGCAACAACCAGGGAACCGGAUUCUCCUGGCUGGGACUGGGCACGCAGCAUACCAAGGGAUCAAGUUCCAGGCCCUGAGCCUGGUGGUCCCUUGGGUGGUCCUGGAGUUCCAGGUGGUCCAGGGCAAGCUCCUCGUGAAGGCAUGGAUCAACCUGACAUAUCUGGAUGGGAUUGGUAUCGUGGCAAACCACGUGAUGGAGUUGAUGGACCAGGCCCUGCGAGUCCGUUCGAUGGUCCUGGCCACCCUGGAGGACCUGAUGAAGUCCCACGGGAUGGCCUUCCAAGUGAUGAAUCCCCUGGUUGGGACUGGGCUCGUGGCAAGCCCCGUGAAACGUUGCCAGGACCGGAUUCUGGUCCUUUUGAUGGUCCUGGGGCCCCAAGUGGUCCAUCUUCCAUGCCUCGCGAAGGGGAACCAACGGAUACAGACAUUUCCGGUUGGGACUGGAACAGAAACAAACCGAGGGAGGGAGUUGGUGGGCCCACACCAGUGCAACCACAUGAUGGCCCCGGUUUACCAGGGCAGGCCUCCCCCACUGAAGAGGAGCCUGGAAAACCUGAUUCUCCAAAUUGGGACUGGUCGAGGAAUUUGCCACGAGAGGAGCUGAAAGGUCCAAAGCCAUUAGGCCCCUUCGAUGGCCCAGGUAUACCGGGCAAGGGUCCACAUGAAAACACCCAAGGGCAACAUCCUGAUGCCCCGGGAUGGGACUGGACACGCAACAAGCCCAUUGAUGGGCCACUUGAUGAAGGAUCAGUAACUCCUUUCUCGGGACCAGAACACCCUGGUGGUCCAGACUCCAAGCCCCGUGAUGGCAAGCCAACAGACCAAGGUUCACCUGGAUGGGAUUGGAAUAGAAACCAGCCACGAGAAAGCCUCUCGUUGCCGCAGUCAACCAGCACACCUGAUGUGCCAGGCACUGGUGGUCCUGCUACUGCACCACGGGACGGCACCUCAAAGCCAACUGACGAACCAGGACCAGACUGGGCUCGUGCUCUUCCGCCAGGCCCUGUUCCUGGACCUGAGCCUGCAGGGCCAUUUGAUGGUCCUGGAAUCCCAGGAGGCCCGGAAAAAGCACCUCGGGAAGGAACUGAUCAGCCAGAUGAACCUGGUGCAGAUUGGUCGAGGGGGGCACCAGGAGAACAAGUCCCAGGUCCAGAGCAUGUUGGCCCCUUGGAUGGCCCAGGCAUUCCUGGUGGACCAGGCCAAGUGCCUCGUGAAGGCAUCGACCAGCCAGAAGAACCUGGUGCAGACUGGGCACGUGGACCUCCAAAGGAACAAGUUCCUGGACCAGAAGCUGGCGGUCCGUUUGAAGGUCCUGGUAUCCCUGGUGGUCCUGGUCAGGUACCCCGUGAGGGCACUGACCAGCCAGAUGAACCCGGUGCUGACUGGGCACGGGGUGCCCCAGGAGAUCAAGUGCCGGGCCCUGAGCCAACUGGCCCCUUUGAUGGACCUGGCAUCCCAGGUGGACCAAGCAAGAUGCCCAAACCUGGAGCACCAAGCAGCCUUCCAAGGGAUGGUUCCCCAGGAGAUGAAGAUGGACCUGGUGUUGACUGGUCCAGACCCAGACCCCCGGACAAGGUUGAAGGCCCUGAGCCAGUUCCAAUGAGUGAACCAGCAGGACCUGGAGGACCGGAUUCGAGACCACGCCAACCAUCUGGUGAAGAUGAGCCUGACUCAGGCUGGGAUUGGUCUCGCAACCAGCCAAGAGAGGACGCCGGAGGAUUGACUCCAAUUGGGCCUUUUGAUGGCCCUGGCCUUGGAGGUCCUGGUUCUAGACCACGUGAUACCACAGAGCACCUCCCAGAUGCCCCUCCUUCGGAUUGGACAAGGAAUGUACCCAGAGAGGAUGUUCCUUUCCCUGAUACUCAGCCAUAUGGGGGACCUGAAUCCCCUGGUGGACCACAGCAGGUUCCCAGAGAUGGAACAGGGGAGCACCCUCUUGCGCCUGGCUGGGAUUGGUCAAGGAAUGUCCCCAGAGACCAAGUCACGGGGCCACAGCCUGGUGGUCCCAUGGAUGGACCUGGAAUUCCUGGUGGUCCAGGCCAAGUGCCUCGUGAAGGCAUUGACCAACCAGAAGAGCCUGGUGCUGAUUGGAAACGAGGACCACCGGCAGAUGAUGUGCCUGGCCCUGAAUCUGGUGGUCCAUUUGAUGGUCCAGGAAUCCCUGGUGGACCGGGCCAAGCACCCACAGAGGGCCUUGACCAGCCAGAAGAACCUGGUGCCGACUGGAAGCGAGGACCACCAACAGAUGAUGUACCUGGACCGGAACCUAGUGGUCCAUUUGAUGGUCCAGGAAUCCCUGGUGGGCCGGGCCAAGCACCCACAGAGGGCAUUGACCAGCCAGAAGAACCUGGCGCGGACUGGAAACGAGGACCACCAACAGACGAGGUCCCUGGACCUGAACCUAGUGGUCCAUUUGAUGGUCCAGGAAUCCCAGGAGGGCCCGAAACUAUCCCUCGUAAUUUAUCUGCUGAAGAUCUAGGAGCACCUGGCUGGGACUGGACAAGGAACAUGCCAAGGGAGGAUGUCGCUUCCCCUGAUACGCAGCCAUAUGGCGGACCUGAAACUCCUGGUGGACCAACACAGACACCAAGAGAAGGCAUCGACCAGCCUGAUGAACCUAGCGCUGACUGGGCACGCGGACCUCCAAAGGAAGCAGUUCCUGGACCCGAGGCAGGUGGGCCCUUUGAUGGCCCAGGCAUCCCAGGUGGCCCAGGGCAAACACCAAGAGAAGGCAUCGACCAGCCUGAUGAACCUGGUGCAGACUGGGCACGUGGACCUCCAAAGGAACAAGUUCCUGGACCCGAGGCAGGUGGACCCUUUGAUGGUCCUGGCAUCCCAGGAGGGCCAGAGCAGCAACCAAGAGAUGGAACCCCCAAAUCAACAGAAGAACCUGGCCCAGAUUGGGCUCGUGCAGUCCCACCAACACAAAUGCCAACUCCUGAUACACAGCCAUAUGGCGGCCCGGAAGCACCAGGCGGACCAGGGCAAGUACCCCGUGAAGGCACUGACCAACAAGAAGAACCCAGUGCAGACUGGGCACGUGGACCGCCAAAGGAACAAGUUCCUGGACCAGAAGCUGGUGGUCCCUUUGAAGGUCCCGGUAUCCCUGGUGGUCCUGGCAAAGGACCCAAGGAAGGCACUGACCAGCCGGAUGAACCCGGUGCUGACUGGGCACGGGGUGCCCCAGGAGAUCAAGUGCCGGGCCCUGAGCCAACUGGCCCCUUUGAUGGACCUGGCAUCCCAGGUGGACCAAGCAAGAUGCCCAAACCUGGUGAGCACCCAGAAGCACCUGGGUGGGAUUGGUCCAGAGGAAAACCCAAAGAGCAGCUCCCUGGCCCAGACAUGCUUCCAAGGAAAGAGCCUGCUCAACCAGGAGCACCAAGCAGCCUUCCAAGGGAUGGUUCCCCAGGAGAUGAAGAUGGACCUGGUGUUGACUGGUCCAGACCCAGACCCCCGGACAAGGUUGAAGGCCCUGAGCCAGUUCCAAUGAGUGAACCAGCAGGACCUGGAGGACCGGAUUCGAGACCACGCCAACCAUCUGGUGAAGAUGAGCCUGACUCAGGCUGGGAUUGGUCUCGCAACCAGCCAAGAGAGGACGCCGGAGGAUUGACUCCAAUUGGGCCUUUUGAUGGCCCUGGCCUUGGAGGUCCUGGCUCUAUCCGCAGGGAGGGCACGAGUCAGCAUCCAGAUGUGCCAGGGUGGGACUGGUCUCGUGAUGUACCAACGGAUGCCUUGCAAGUCCCUGAUUCUGAAGUUUCUGGAGAGCCCGGUGAACCUGGUGGUCCAAAGUCUUUACCCAGAGCUGGAGAGCCUGGACCAGAAGAAGAGCCCAGAUGGGAUUGGUCAAGGAACGUUCCAAGGGAUGGGGUCUCUCCUCCUGAAGCUGGGGGCCCGUUCGAUGGUCCCGGAGUCCCAGGUGGGCCUGAUAGCCUUCCUCGUGAAGGCAUUGACCAGCCUGAAGAACCUGGUGCUGACUGGGCACGUGGAGCUCCAGGGGAACAAGUUCCUGGACCGGAAGCUGGAGGCCCAUUUGAUGGUCCUGGUAUGCCUGGUGGUCCUGAGUCACCUCCACGCGAUGGAGUUGGCAGCCACCCAGAUGCCCCUGGAUGGGAUUGGUCGCGCAACCAACCUAGAGAGCUGCUUUCAGUUCCUGGAACUACCCCAUUCUCUGAGCCAUCACAACCUGGAGCACCAAGCAGUCUUCCACGGGAUGGUUCUCCAGAAGAUGAAGAUGGACCUGGUGUUGACUGGUCCAGACCCAGACCCCGGGACAAGGUUGAAGGCCCUGAGCCAGUUCCAAUGAGUGAACCAGCAGGACCUGGAGGACCAGAUUCGAGACCACGCCAACCAUCUGGCGAAGAUGAGCCUGAUUCCGGUUGGGAUUGGUCAAGGAAUGUCCCCAGAGAGAAACUUGGUGGUCUUGCUCCAGUUGGUCCUUUUGAUGGGCCUGGUCUGGGUGGACCUGGGUCCAUUCCACGGGACGGAAGCACAGUUGAACCAGAUGGACCAGGCGUUGACUGGAGUAGGGGGCAACCUCCAGAGGGAGCAGACGGUCCAGAACCAGUUAGCCCUGAAGGUCCGGUUGGACCAGCUGGCCCCAGUUCUUUGCCAAGAGACGGAAGCGGCGAACACCCAGAGACACCAGGCUGGGAUUGGUCAAGGAAUAUCCCAAGGGAUGAGGUCACCGCUCCAGAAGGAGGUGGCCCGUUUGAUGGCCCAGGAAUCCCAGGCAGCCCGGACAGUCUCCCACGGGAAGGAUCCGUUCCAAGUGAAGAUGCUCCAGGAUGGGAUUGGUCACGCAACCAACCUAGAGAGCAGGUUCCGGUCCCUGGAACCACCCCGUUCUCUGAGCCAUCACAGCCUGGAGCCCCAAGCAGUCUUCCACGGGAUGGUUCUCCAGAAGAUGAAGAUGGCCCUGGUGUGGACUGGUCAAGGUCUCAGCCACCUGAGCAGGUGGGUGGCCCAGAGUCGGCCCCAAUGGUUGAACCAUCAGGCCCAGGAAGCCCAGAUACUUUGCCCCGGCAAGCUGGCCCAGGUGAACAUCCUGAAGCUCCCGGUUGGGACUGGUCACGCAACAUGCCAAAGGAAGAUGUGGUUGGCCCUGGAACUGUCCCCACAGCUGAGCCACAACAUCCAGGUGCCCCCAGCUCAAUUCCACGAGAUGGUGGUGAUUCGGAAGAAGACGAUAUUUGGGAUUGGUCACGGCCCCAACCUCCCGAUAAAGUUGACCAAGGAGAGGCGGCACCAUUUGCCGAGCCCAGUUUCCCGGGUGCGCCAGAAACACUUCCUCGCGAAGCAGACGAAGACUUCCCAAGUGUCCCCGGGUGGGACUGGUCUCGAAAUGCGCCUGAAGAGGGCCUCCCACCACCAGGACCUCUGCCUUUCGACGAACCAAUUGGCCCCGACGGCCCAGAUGCAGUAACACGAAAGCCCAGGGAACUUGAAUCACCUGAUUGGGACUGGGAAAGAAGUCGAGGAGCUGGUCCUGGAUUUGAUUUUGAUCGCAACGUCCCUGAUGCUCCACACGGGCCGGAAUCGGUGCCACCGAGACCAGAAAACCCAGAUAGCCCCGAUUGGGACUGGACACGAAGUGCCAGAGCUCCAGGACCUGGCUUUGAUUUCUCAAGGAGUGUCCCUCCCGGCGAAUCGGGGCCUGAUGAGCCAGGCUUUGACUUCUCGCGUAGCGUCCCGCCAGCGGAAGAGGGUGGUCCACCACCUGGACCCAUGCCUUUUGAAGAACCUGUUGGUCCUGAUGGCCCUGAUUCGGUAUCACGCAAGCCUAGGGAACUCGACUCCCCCGAGUGGGGAUGGGGAAGAAGCCCACAGGAAGGAGGACCUGGAUUUGACUUCUCGCGCACCGUUCCGCCUGCUGAAGGAGAAGAGCCUCAUGAUCGCGAUCAUCCAACAGAGCCUGGCUUUGACUUCAGCCGAAGCGUCCCGCCUCAACCAGAUGCUGCAGAGAGCCCCACCGAUGACUCCUGGGACUGGACCAAGCCCCCCAAGGAACAGAAACCUCCUGUGAACGAAGACCUUGACGACCCCACAGCGCCGUGGUCUGCUGGAGACGAAGACGAAGAAGAAGGUUUUGGUCCUAAGCCAGGCCCUCCCAUGAUCGUCCCUGAAGACUACGAUGACGAUGACUCAGAAGAAGAGGAGAAAGAGCCCCCGAAGGGCGUUCCCGUCCCAGUUUGGUCUGGGUUGCAGGCUGGAUUACUGGGCGCAGUUGCGACUGCUGCAGCGAUGUCGAACCCACCGACAGCUGCUUCAAGGGCAGCGGUUCCCCCAGAACUUCUAGGAUCGCCUAUUAAUCUCCCCCAGGUGUUGCCGGACUUACCUGUUGUGCCUAGUGUACCUUGUCCUCAGGAUCCGUCAUGCGGUUUUGUGAUGGGAGCAAUCGACCCUGUACUGCCACCCUCGACACGAGCGUUGCUCAAUAUACCGGGCACAUGCCAGAAUUGGGCCAGGGAGUGGCUGCGUACAGGAAAAGAUAUAAUGGAGUUUCAAGUCCACAGGGUCCGACAGAGAUUUGCGAUGGCUAUCAUGUAUUGCGAGUUUGAUGGUGACAAUUGGCUCGAGAGCGAGCUAUGGGUUUCUGAUUUACACGAAUGUGACUGGUACACAAUGAUUGGUGUGGACCCCUGCGGCAAGUCCGAACAGUAUCAAAUCAUCCGAAAUUAUGGGCAGCAGAUGCGCGGUACUCUGCCGCCAGAGAUUUCGAUGAUAUCUAGUCUUUGGGAAGUUACACUUUCGGACAAUCUUCUGGAAGGAACAAUCCCACCUGACUACGCGAAGCUGUCCGAGCUGGAUACUUUUAUCCUGUCCUUCAAUCUCUUCAAGGGUGAAAUUCCCGACUUCAUGUGGAAGUAUGAAGAUAUGGUCUACAUGGACUUGGGUUACAAUUUCUUCAAUUCGGAGAUCCCACCGAACAUUCCUUUGACUGAACCGAAUCUGAGAGUGCUGUUCCUAGAAAACAAUGAUAUGAAAGGGGAGCUUCCGGGUGAUUUCGGUGAACUGGACUGGAAACGACUUCAUUUGGAUGGAAACCAAUUCCAGGGUCCCAUCCCCCCAGACAUGUUCCAAGGAAAAUCACGUUUCGAGGAAUUGUAUUUGCACCGCAAUGGCUUCAGUGGAGUGAUUCCUCCGGGUCUUGAAGCCCAAAACAAAAUGUCUGAAUUGACGCUCUAUGACAAUCCAGAAUUGACCGGAGAUAUCAAUGACAUGUGCGAAAACUUCAAUACAGGACUUCUGAAGGUGGCCCAGGUUGACAAAGCAAAUGUUGCUUGUGAAUGCUGUGGCAAUGGGAGUUAGUUAUUUCCCAUGAGCAGAUUGGAAGCGAAUGAGCAUCCAAGAAGAAGAAACAAACAUGUACAUACACAAAAACAUACACAAAAACGAAAAGAACAAAAGGUAGAAAAUGCUGUGAUUUCUAAAGGGGUAAAGCGAAGGUGUAAAGCAAGAGGGUUGUGGGAAUCGGAAGGGUGAAACAUGGUCUUCCCACCACGUGGGCCUUCCCAGAAGAUGCAGGCAUUGAAAGAAGACGGCGUAUCAGGACUGGCUUGUCCCACGGACUUGCUGGUACUUCGACGUGCUGCUGGUUCUUGGUUGGACUUAAUACACGAAUUUUGUCUUCCCGCCCGGUUGCAUCAAACAAGGCACGACAACGGCUCUGAGGGUGGUCUCUGGGGUGCUUCUUCCCAUCACCUUGGCUUCUUUCCCUUUGGCUUUCAACGAAAAGGACAGAUUUGCCCAUUGGGUGUUUCCUUCUCGUGACUCUUCCCAUCAUGCAGAAGGAGCUCAUGGCAAUUCCGACCUAAAACGCACGCAACGAGUAGCUUUCUUCCCACUCAUAUUCCCUGCUGCUGUUGUGUGCCCAAGGUUUCUGGGCAGCGAAAACUGUUUGAUUACGAAAACCUGUUCGCAAAGUCUUCCCACUUUGCAACGGGUGAAUGACUCAUCAACGGCGAAAUCUUGGUACAUCCCAGACGAUGCCAAAGUGUUUCUUCCCGGCACUUUGGCCUCAAGGGAUUGCGAGUUUCAUUUGCGUCCUUCCUGUCACUUCUCGUUGAGUGUCCACCAGAAGCAUACAUCAAGUACUCUGUGCAUGAAUCUUCCCACCAUGCCAACCGUGGAGGCAUACCCAAAGACGAGGAUCGAGGGAACCGAGACGGUCCUUCCCGCCGCUUGGUUGCACCUGACAUCCUUCUCCUGAUACUGUUGAAUGUUCAAUCCAACGCAAACCCAUUUGGGGCUAAGCCUCAUACCACACCCUACAACCGAGCCACAAUGAUUUCUUGCAUAUUCACAUAGCUUCCCCUAACAGCAUAUCAUAAGUGAAAUAUAUAUUUAUUUGUAUCAGUACUCCAGU